AUGGCCAUCUCCUGGAACAGCUCUAAGCGUCCCAGACGCGACGAAGUUACCAAGUGGCACGAUAGCACCAACGUUGUUCUCGACUAUUGUCAGGCCUACCUGAAGUAUGGCAGCGCUACUGAUGAUGUUCAACGCUCUUCUCUCAGAGACAUGAACGACGCACUUUUGGUCAACACUCACCUUACCUAUGACGAGCGACUGGCCGAGGCACAGACAUGCAAUUAUCAAGCUCAGUACCUUAGCACAAAAUUGCAAAUACUAUUUAAGCGAGAGAACGGCUCGGAUUAUUACGCGUGGGCUCGAAGAUAUGCCGUCUUGCAUGAGAAAGGGUAUGGAGCAAGAACAGCUGCAGCCGAUGAAGCGGCUUCAACCGAUCCUCAUCUUGUCACUAUCGAUCCCCGGACCUUUGUAGUAUCACGAACGCCCUCUUUUCGGUGA